UCUCCAGUAGUUUCAUUUCUCUCAUUGAGAAGCCCAGAACUGGACACAGUUCUCAAGAUGGGGUGUCACCAGCACUGACUAGAAGGGAAGAGUCACCUGGUGGCAACAGUGCUCCUAAUGCCCUCCGGGAUUCUGUUACCUGCUUUUGCUUCAAGGGCACCUUUCUGGCUCACGUGCAGCUUGCUGCAGCUUCGCUUUCCAACCAGUCAGCCUCCAGCGUGUACUAAUGUGUGGGUUACUCCUCCCCAGGUGCAGGACUUUGCACUUCUUGUUGAACUUAACAAGGUUUCAGCCUGCCUGUUUCUCCAGCCUGUCAAGGUCCAUCUGGGUGGCAGUGAAAACCUUUGUUUUAUCAGCCAUUGCUCCCAGUUUCAGUACAGGGACUGGUAAAUCCAUUUGCAGUUUCUUCUUUUUUUUUUUUUUUUUUUUGCCAUCUUCAAACUUUUCAACAUAUUUGACAGCUGCUGCUUUUGCAUCGAACAUCUAAAAGGCUGUCAGAUUGAGAGACUUCAGAACCUCUGCAGAAUUCAGACAGGUGAAGACACACUUGUUGAAGGUUACAAAGCCAACUCCAUUUACAAAAUAUUUUGGAAGAUUCUAACCCUUUACAUUUGUGUAAUAAGAGACCCUGCUGCGUGUUCUUGCUGCGGUGCUGCCAAAAUGCUGGAGUUACAGGAGUGUUUUGCUUCCAUUUUCAGCUGUGGUGGAUAGAAGAGGUACCUUAAUUAACAAACCGGACAGUCAGACCGAAGUGCAAGCAUAGUCUGUAAGGAAGAGAACUCCCUGUGAAAAUGGCGGAAGCUCAUCAGGCAGUAGCUUUUCAAUUUACAGUAACUCCAGAUGGGAUUGACCUGCGAAUGAGCCAUGAGGCACUCAAACAAAUUUACCUAUCUGGUGUCUAUUCAUGGAAGAAAAAGUUCAUCAGAUUCAAGAAUGGAAUUAUCACCGGCGUUUAUCCUGCUAGCCCAUCUAGCUGGCUUAUUGUAGUUGUGGGUGUGAUGUCAACAAUGUAUGCCAAAAUUGAUCCUUCCUUAGGAAUUAUAGCUAAAAUCAACAAAACACUUGAUACAACUGGCUACAUGUCAAACCAAACACAGAACAUCGUGAGUGGAGUGCUUUUUGGCACUGGGCUUUGGGUUGCCCUUAUUGUCACAAUGCGCUACUCUCUGAAAAUGCUGCUUUCCUAUCAUGGUUGGAUGUUCUCUGAACAUGGCAAGCUUACUACAGGCACCAAGUGUUGGAUGGCCCUUGUAAAACUGUUCUCAGGACGUAAACCCAUGUUAUACAGUUUCCAGACAUCUUUACCACGAUUGCCAGUUCCAGCUGUUAAAGACACAGUCAAUAGGUAUCUGGAAUCAGUUCGGCCACUAAUGGAUGAUGAAAAGUUCAGAAGAAUGGAGGGUCUGGCCAAAGACUUUGCAUUUAAUUUGGGACCAAGGCUUCAGUGGUAUUUGAAGCUAAAAUCCUGGUGGGCCACCAAUUAUGUUAGUGAUUGGUGGGAAGAAUAUAUCUACCUUAGAGGACGUGGACCAAUUAUGGUUAAUAGUAACUAUUUUGCAAUGGACUUCCUUUCUUUACGUCCCACAACCCUGCAGGCAGCUAGAGCUGGUAAUGUUAUCCAUGCCAUCCUGCUCUAUCGGAAAAAACUGGACAGACAAGAACUCAAGCCAAUUCUUCUGAUGGGAUCUACUGUUCCACUUUGUUCAGCUCAGUGGGAAAGGAUGUUUAAUACUUCCCGUAUCCCAGGAGAGGAAUCAGAUACUCUCCAGCAUGUGAAAGACAGCAAACACAUUGUUGUGUAUCACAAGGGCCGUUACUUCAAAGUGUGGCUGUACCAUGACGGCAGACUCUUGAAACCCCGAGAAAUUGAACAGCAGAUGCAGAGAAUUCUUGAUGAUGAUUCAGAGCCUCAGGCUGGUGAAGAGAAACUUGCAGCUCUUACUGCAGGAGAUAGAGUACCAUGGGCUAAAGCUCGUCAGGCUUAUUUUAGCCGUGGAAAGAACAAACAGUCCUUAGAUGCUGUUGAGAAAGCAGCAUUCUUUGUGACAUUGGAUGACCUCGAGCAUGGGUACAAGAAAGAAGAUCCAGAGAGGUCCCUGGAUGCAUAUGCAAAAUCAUUAAUACAUGGCAGAUGUUACGACAGGUGGUUUGACAAAACAUUCACUCUCAUAAUAUUCAAGAAUGGCAAAAUGGGUCUGAAUGCAGAGCACUCCUGGGCAGAUGCUCCUAUUGUUGGACACCUGUGGGAGAAUGUGAUGGCAACUGAGUAUCUGGAACUGGGCUAUUCAGAAGAUGGGCAUUGCAAAGGAGAUACCAAUCCAAAUAUUCCUAUUCCCACCAAACUACAGUGGGAAAUUCCAGAAGAAUGUCAGGAAGUGAUUGAGAGGUCUCUGAGCACUGCCGUAGCUCUGGCAGACGAUGUGGACUUCUGUUCAUUUUUCUUUGAAACUUUUGGAAAAGGACUAAUAAAGAAAGCAAAAACCAGCCCUGAUGCCUUUGUGCAACUCGCCCUGCAGCUUGCUCACUAUCGGGACAUGGGAAAAUUUUCUUUAACAUAUGAAGCCUCUAUGACACGCUUAUUCAGAGAAGGCAGGACUGAAACUGUUCGUUCGUGUACUGUUGAGUCCUGUAAAUUUGUUCAAGCCAUGGAAGACCCAACUGAAAGUAAUGAAAAUAAGCUGAAAUUCUUUCGGCUUGCUGCUGCCAAACAUCAGCUCUUAUAUCGUCUUGCCAUGACUGGUGCUGGCAUUGACCGCCAUCUGUUUUGCCUUUAUGUCGUGUCCAAGUACCUUGCGGUGGAUUCUCCUUUCCUUAAGGAAGUUUUGUCAGAACCUUGGAGGCUGUCAACGAGUCAGACACCACAGCAACACAUUGAUCUAAAGAAGAACCCUGAGAUGUUAUCCUCUGGUGGAGGGUUUGGACCGGUGGCUGAUGAUGGUUAUGGUGUUUCUUACAUUAUCUUGGAUGAAAAUUCCAUUCAUUUCCAUGUCUCCAGCAAAGUAUCUUGUUCUGAGACGGAUUCUCAUCGUUUUGGAAAAAACAUCCAAAAAGCAAUGGUUGACAUCAUGGGUUUAUUUAACCUCGGUAAAAACUGUACAAAGUGAAACACUUCCUUGGUGCCAAGCAAUCUCCUCUUGUUGGGAUGAGAACUCUUCUGCACAGUGAACUAGAGCAAGGUCUGUCAAACAGUAGCUGGCGAAGAAACUGGUCAACACCUUCUUAAACAUCUGUUAAGACUUUAGCAGUGUAUUAAAUUUUUCUUUUUUUUUUUUUUUUCGGUAGUUUGGAAGAGUUUAUUUCCAUAAAGGAUGACUUUUGAAAUCUUGUAUGUUUAUAGGGAUGAAGCGUAGUAUUAAUGCAUGAAGUCAUGUAUAUUCUAACUUCUACAGUUUUCUCUUAAUUUGUAUACACUUGCUCUUUUCUGUUCUAAAAUUAGUUUACUUCUUUCCAGAAUCAAAGGGAUAAAACACACCGACUUAAAUACUAGAAAAAGUUAGAUUUGCUAUGUAUUAAUAGCAGAAUGUUCUUCAGUGUAUCUGCUGCUUUAUGUAAAUGAGUGACAAAACUUGUGGCUGUUUGCCUUUUUUGGUUUUUUUUUUUAAGAGGUAAAUUUUGGAAAACAUACCAAAAAAAAAUCCCUGCUGCAACCCACCUUAACACACUAAGUUGUAUAAAUUUUAUGUUUUUUGAAAAAAACCUAAACAAACAAAACAACCCAAUCAUUGGGUAGUAAAAUGUGUCACCUCAGUAACAGAUAUCACAUUUUUUGAUUGCUUACAGGCAUGUUUGCGACACUGACCUUAUUUCUGUGUAAAUAAAUGGACCUGUGUGCUUGUUCAUGCAAGUGCCUUAGAAAAACAAAGAUCCUUAACCUAGGAAAAAAGCAUAUGCUGGGAGUUGAUUUUACACUGUUUUAGUGGUGAAGAAAAUGAAGUAGUAGUAAUGCAGAUCUGGUUUUCAAAUUACAAGUUAGGAUGAUGUGUCAUAAGGAGACUUGAAUAUGUUGCCAUAUGGUGCAGUUUGGUUUAAAAGUCUAAUUAAAUGCUCCCAUCUUAAAUAUAAAGAUCAGUCCCUGUGAAGUGCAGGACUAACUUUGUUUCAGAUUUACAGAUACUCACAUGUUUGUGUUGGUGAAUGGUAUUGAUGGUCACUUGAAAUAAGAGUUUCUGUGUCCCAGGAAUUGUCAAUUUAAUUAAAUGUACUGUGUUGGAUAGUCUACAAAGCAAGGUUGUCUGUAUAGGCAGUUGCAGUUUGCCUCCUUUCAGCCUGGAAGGACCACUACUACGUUGCCAACCAUCUGCAUGAGAAGGGCAAACUAUUAAAGCCAUGGAAAAAACUCCAGAAUGGGAGAAUCAUGGCAGUUCUUAAACCCUUCCUGGGAGAUGCCCUUGAUCACGUAGUUUCUAAAGGAUACAAGGGGAGGGGGAAAGCUAUUUCACUCAAAAAGAAGCAAUGAUGUUUCCAAGUGCAGAAAUAAAAUGGCUGCUGCCAAAUGGAGUAACUUUGUGCAUGAUGCUUCUCUUCCACAGGCUUUAUAGGUGUGGUAACUUUUUACAUCCCUGCAGUGUAGUAGAGUGUACUUGUUAACACCACAAUUUAUUUUUAUUAUUUUAUGUAAGAUACAUGGUGGUUAGUAGUACAGUGAAUGGUGCUCCAGAGCUGUGCUGAGUUUAAAAGGCCCUUGGAGUGGAUAUAAAACUUCUCAUUAGUCUCUGAAUAUUUUCUGGCCAGUAUUUCUAACUUUCUGUGCCUCCUCACGUUUAUUUUUACUCUGAUCUAGCUAAUAAAAUAUGUGGUGGGAACCCUCAAAGAUCCAAGAUGCAUACCUAAGCAACUGCAUGCUUACAAAAAUGUAGGAAUCCACACAGGAAUUGAUCAAAGACACUAAUUAUUUGGUUAGGGUACAGUAUGUGGGAAAGGACACUUAGAAAUAAGCCUUACUGUGGAUGGCAGGCCUGGCAUUUAUCAAACUACUGCAACAAUUUUACAGUGAUCUGGUUUUGGAGCUGCAGAAAUAAUGCACUGGGGGUUUUGGGGGUUUGUGUUGUGUUUUGUUUCUGUUUUUUUUUUAAUUGACCAAUCUGUGCUUAAAUUACCAUUAGGGCAUGAUAGCUUUUAGGAUUUUCUUUUAAAAAGAAAGGUUUAGAUUUGACUCUCAGGUUUUAAGUGUUUCUAGUCUAAUUGUAGUUAGUGCAGUUAUCAAUGCAAUUUUACAUUCUUGGAGAGUAACUAUAAUUGGCACAGAAAGCUGUUUAUUGUAACUGUUUAAAACGUUUUGUGUUGUUAAAUGUAUCUUUUUAAAUUUUGGAAUAGAUCAUAAUUCCUAAACAGAUAAUAUUUCAUUUUUUUUUCUUUGAAAUGUCAGCAGCAUGUAAAUAAAAUAUGCUUUUUGGAUGUAAAUCUUAGAAAUCCACAGUGAAUGUAGGUUAUUAAUAAAUAAUUUAAAUCAUGAUGUUCAAUAUUGUGUAAAUACAGUAAAACUACUUGGGUUUUUUUUUGCUCAAAGCCAUAGGAAUGUAACUGAAAUUGCUUAGAUUUGAAUGAAUUUUCUAGUACAGUGUACUUUAUUGUAAAGGAAAAUGUUCAUAUUCCAGUAAAACUACUAAUUUGUUACUAAAACCUUGAAUCAUUGAUUCGCAAUUAGUGAUUUAAGAGCUCAAAGUUGAGGUUGAGUUGGUGGUGAAAGUGAGGUUGGAUGAUAAUAAAUUUUUCUGUUUAUUAAAUUGCAUUAGGAAUUUGUGAAAUACCUAGAAUGCGUAUUUUUCAAAUUUAUCUCAGCUAUUUCAUAGCAGAAAUUAGGAAAGCAUUAAGUCCAUUUGGAGGGUACCGUUCUUCAGAAUUAAUUCUGUUCCCAACUGAAUAUUCAUUAAAGGCUUGAGUCUUUUGAAUAACUAGGGAAGAAGUGUGUGCGUGACCUGGAAAAACAUGGUUCUAAUUCAGCCUUUCUACCAAUUGUUUUCUCAUGUAAAAUAUAUUAAUUUAAGCUAGAGGGUUUUUUUAAUCUUGUUUAGUUACUCUACGUCUAUUGUUGGUUAUUUACAUCCAACACUUCGUCUCAAUUUUCUACUUUCUUCUGUGACUUCAAAAAAUGAAAUAAAAUUUCACAAUUACCACUA